AUGAAGAACCACCCUGAGUGUCGUUUGGAAAGAACCUUUUGGUUAGAUGUGAUCGUGUUACCAAACCCCUUCAUCCCGGGAAGAAAAAGCUGUCUACUUAGCCAGCUCAUCUUGAGAUUUUCCAUGAUGAUCAAGCUGUCUCUAAAUCUGAUCCCGUUUUUGCAUGGACGUUUGAGAAACGGCAUCUACUAUGGCAAACACUUUUGUCCUUCUUCUGGCAUGUUGAGAGUAGUUGCUUUUGGUGCUAUGUGGAUUCUUAUUGGAAAGCGUGUAUGUUUUUCCCCAACAUUCUUGAAGGAACUGUUCCGUUUCUGGCCAAACAAAGACGAAGAACCUCCUAAGUGGACAUCUCGACUUUUCUACACAGUAGUGGCUCUUGUUGUUGUCAUGCUGCUCAGGCGCCAUGCCCCUGAUGAGGUUGCUCGGGCCAGGUACCAAAGAAAGAUGCCAAACAUCAUUGAUGAUGCCUUUGAGUGGUCACCAAAGCUAGCACUCUCUGGUUUAAUGGAGAAUCAGCCACCUGUGAACAACAUCACAGAGGCGACUAACAACUCCUCACAUGCAGCGGUCCUGACAUACUGA